CCCUGGGCGUUCCGACCGCAGAAUCAGUGCAGGGAAUCAGCUGUUCUCGACAAUCCAAUCAUUAUACGGACGAAUGCUGCGUAAUUAUAAGCGAAAUGAACCGAGAUAAUUCACGGAAUGGGAAACGAUCACGCCCUGAAGACAUUGAGGACGACGAUAAUUCGAACGGUAAAUCUUUUUUUAAAAUCAAGAAGGAGAACGAGGAUGACGCUGAGGACCCGUGCAUUUCCGGGAUUUUCGAUGCCAUCGAGUUCAAGGAUCAGCUCGAGGAAGAGUUGCCCUUCGAGCAAUUGGCGGCGACUGGAUCCAGCGAUAUGAAACUACUCGUGAGACUUAUCGGCACAAUUGCUACGGAAAUGCAGAGACUGACCGAGGAAGUUCGCGACAUAAAGAACAUUCUUGAGGUCCGAUUGACUUCUCCCAGUGCCAUCACACCGGGGCAGAAUUUUACGAACAAAUACAUGAUUGAUUUACCUUUGAAGACUCUUGAGGAGUUCGAUGCCUUCGAUGAGAAACUCAAGACUGAUGACGAAUUUCUGAAUGAUUUCGGACAAUCUCUAGUCGUGCUUUUCGAUCGUGAUGAGAGACUGACGAGAACUGUAACAAUUAUUCUACGUCGUUACCUCAGUCGAGAGUUGGCUAUGAAAUUCACAGCUACCAAGCAGUCAGCAACGAAAUUAGUGUUUAAGGAGACUAAGUUUUGCUCUUGCAUGUUUGACAUUCUUUCACAGUUGUAUAAUAAAGACCACAGGAGGCUUCCCAUGAACGAGAAGAGGUUUUAUUCAACCCUGAGCAGUAUCUUCCCAAAUGCCAAGGACUGGGAUGGCUGCAGAUCCCUCCGCAGGAGACCAACUGUUCCAGGUGCCAGAGAGGAUGGAGACGAAUCCGAAAACGAGGCCGAUUGAACAUAUUUUUUUACUAUUUUUAUAUCUACCUCUCUACAAAACUAAUUCUAAUAAUUAUUGACCACCUAAUUAACGAU